UGCAGGAGCUUCCCUCACUCGGGGCGGCGCCGAGGCCUGAGGGGCGACGGUCAGGGCUAGCGGCUGCCGGGGGGGCUUUAUGGCGGCGUGGCCAGAAUGGCCUACAUCUACCACGUCUCGCAAAGCCCGCUUUUCGCCAAGGCCCGGGAACGCUACCUGCGCUCAGCUAUGCGCCUCAUGGACGCGUGCGCCCGCGCUGAGGAGUGGAGCGAACCGGACGCCGACACCCGCGCUGCCUUCCUGCUCGGGGGCGCGGGCGUGUACGCCGUCGCCACGCUCGUAUACCACGCCCUGGGCGGGUCCGACUACGUGCAGCCGCUGGGCAAGUUCCGGGCUCUGUGUGCCGUCUGCGCGCCGGUCUCCUUCCUGGAGUGCGGCUCCGACGAGCCGUCCGUGGACCGCGCGGGCUACCUGUGUGCGGCGCUGGUGCUCAAGCAGAAAACUCGCCCAGGAGUUUUCUUCACAGGAAAAAAGCCAAUUCAGUAUUAAAAUGCUAGCCAAGAUUGAGGGCGAGUACACAGAAGUCGUCUGCACAUUCAAAGAAGCAAGACAAGCUUUUGAAAAUAACAAUAAAAAAUGCAGAGUUCAUUUUUGCCCCUGAACAGUUUUGCUGAGUUUGCUGAAGAAAUUGUAUUUCAUCAACAUGCAUGAAAAUAAAACGCCCUCCUGUUGUGGAUGGUGAGCACCUGAUGCCAUUUAUUUGCCGUGAAUUUGGACGGCGUCCCCACUGGCAGAUAGCGAGACUCUGUGGAGUUUUCCAUUUGUUCAGUGGUACGGUGUCCAGAGCCCCAAGCAAACAGCAGAAUUCGACUUUUUAAACAAUAAACACCAUCAACCUUAUUAACUUUAUUUUCCCUUAAAUUAUAUUGACUGUUGUGAUUCCAUCAAGUUUAUACACUCUUUUCUCUCCCUAUUUCGCAGCAACAAAUUGCAAAGUGCUUUUGUUUGUUUGUUUUUGUUUGGUUAAAGCUUAUUGCCACGCUGGUGCAGCUAUGGAGACUGUUUGGAAGGCUUGGAAUGGUUUAUUGCUUAUGGUAAAAUUUGCCUGAUUUCUUACAGGCAGCGUUUGGAAACCUUUUAUUAUAUAGUUGUUUACAUACUUAUCAGUCUAUCAUUUAAAGACAUGUACUGAAACAAAUGUAUUUGUUUCAUAAGCAUCUUCCUGUAAUCUAUUAUAAAAUUGAAAUUAAAUAUAAUGAAUGUUUUAACAAUUUUUUAACUCAAAAUUUGUCAAUCAUUUUUAAUAGUUCUUUUUUUUUAAUAAAAAGAACAAGGAAUUUAAGGACAGGCAGUAGUCUCUUUUAAAAUUUAUUCACAAAAUCCAUUAACUGCACAGUUGCUAUUAGCUGCCUGUUCUAAAGCGAAAGUCUUUUUAUUGAAACACAAAUAAACUUUUCUGUAAUAUUUUAUGGACUAUAAAGAGACUUUGAUCGUUUGACAUGUUUAACUUGGCACUGUUAGUUUUUUUUUAAUAAAAUACGCAUGGGCAUUUUAAACAAAAACAAACAAACAAAAAUUACCCUGUUAGGAACUCUGAAAUAUGCUUUUAACUAAUAAUAUUAUGUUGGUUGGAGAGCUAGGUUCACUUUCCUGUGUGCUGGACUGUCUUUGAGAGCCCCAUUUCCAUAGGACUCUGCUGAGCUAGGAUUUAUCAUCUUGGCCAGGGGGAAGGAUUUGAUUCCCACAAAGUUUUGUUCUAGAAGGUUAUAGAUAACAACAUUGCUUUGCCUAAUGAGAGAUAAUUUAUGUAGGAAGUUAAUAGAUGCUGAUAGUAUUUUAAAAGGUUUUACUUCUCAUACAAAAGAAAAGACAUAUCUGGACUUCCUUUCCCACUCUGAGAGAAUACUCUUCUUCACCACAUUUUUUUUUUUUUUUUUUUGAGACAAAGUGUCGCUCUUGUCCUGCAGGCUGGAGUGUGAAGGCAUGAUCUUGGCUCACUGCAACCUCUGCCUCCCAGGUUCAAGUGAUUCUCCUGCUUCAGCCUCCCGAGUAGCUGGGAUUACAGGUACCUGUCACCACGCCUGGCUAAUUUUUGUAUUUUUAGUAGAGACAGGGUUUCACCAUGUUGGCCAGGCUGGUCCCGAACUCCUGUCCUCAGGUGAUCCACCUGCCUUGGCUUCCCAAAGUGUUGGGAUUACAGGCAUGAGCCGCUGCACCCGGCUCACCAUUCUUUACUCUAGACUACAUGCUAUUCAAAGAGAGCAUGGAUAGGAAAGCACAAGGUGGGGGUGAAAAUUCCAUAGAACUGCUCCACAGCUGGGAAUUGCAUUACCAGAGGUAGCCAUUGUAUAAAGAUCCAGUCCUGGGCAGCACAAAAAUAACACUAGAUGCUACACAAGUGAUGUCACAUAUGCUAGAAGACAAAUACAUCUUGUGUCUCACUCUAAUAGGGAGGGCUUCACACAAUUUUCUGUGAGUGUGUGGUUGAACAUGCAUAUAUGUGUGUGUUUUAACAUAACUGGCUUUGUCUUAAAGUAUUCAUCUUCCUAGACCAAUCAUGAGCUAUUAUAUACUCUAAAUAGAAUAAAGUAUUAUUUGCAAAUGUCA